AUGGCUAUCGCAGCCGUGGGGCAACUAUGUUCAACAGCAAACAUUUCCUCCAACCUCGCGCAAUGUCGAACCCUUGUGCGAAAGGCCGUUGAAGCUGGCGCGAAGGCUCUAUUCCUACCCGAGGCAGCGGACUACAUAGGGUCGUCCCCAGCAGAGACGAUAUCGCUUGCUCGUCCCGUACAAGAAAGUGAAUUUGUUCUUGGUCUCCAAAGUGAGGCUCGAGAUAACAAUCUGCAUAUAAACGUCGGAAUUCAUGAGCCUGCAGCAAACGGAAGGGUGAAGAAUACGCUCAUCUGGAUUGACGACAAGGGCUAUAUCACGCAGCGGUAUCAGAAGGUACACCUGUUUGAUGUAGAUAUUAAAGGAGGGCCUGUAUUGAAGGAAAGCUCGAGCGUUGAAAAAGGAAACGAAAUACUUCCGCCAUUCGACACAGUUCUUGGGCGUAUUGGAUUAUCAAUCUGCUUUGAUCUACGCUUCCCUGAGAUCAGCUUAGCAUUAAGACGCCAGAAUGCUCAGAUCAUUACCUAUCCAUCAGCAUUUACGGUCCCCACAGGCAGAGCACAUUGGGAAACGCUUCUCCGGGCCAGGGCUAUCGAAACACAGUCCUAUGUAAUAGCCGCUGCGCAAGCAGGUCCUCAUAAUGAGAAAAGACAGAGCUAUGGCCACUCGAUGAUUGUGAACCCCUGGGGAGAGAUCAUGGCUAAGCUUGGCGACGAGUAUGAAGAGCCACAGAUCGUCGUUGCGAAUAUUGAUCUGGAGCUUCUGGGAAAGGUCAGAACAGAGAUGCCGCUGCUUAGAAGGACAGAUAUAUACCCUGAGAUAUAG